UCCCCAAGAUAUCACCAGUAAAAAGAAAUAUUUUGUUCUCGAAUUCAGCAGAAGGCAUUAGGGAUAAUUAUACUAAGAAAACAGUGGGCAAGCAGAGCCAAAAUGUUAAUUUACCCAAGAAAGAUCUCAGACAGAUUAUGUAUGAAGCUAAUGCAGUAUUGAAAAUGGCUAAUGAUGAGCUUCUUAAUUUAACACAAAAAGAUCAUCUGAAAUAAACUUAAGAUGCUUUCUAAAAAUGCACGGAAAAGUUGUCAGAAAAGAACUCAAGACCAGAAUGUGUUUACUAAUUCUGCCAUUCUUCUAGCUGGUGAAUCUGUUGAAAAGAAUAAUAAAAGUGUAGAACAGCUUAAUAUUUCCGAUCACGAAUUCCCUCAUGAUCAGAUCCAUUCUAGUUCUCAAUGUAACAAGAGAUAUAAGAAAUAACUUCAUCAAAGUGAACAUCAACAAUCUUAACAGAGUGUGUAAGAUCAACCGGAGAAGGUUUCACCAAAAUUUGAAUGAACAUGUUAUUGUAAAAAGAAAACCUCCAGCAAAGAAAAUCCCAAAAAGUAAAACCAAUGAAGAAGAGGCCACAUUCCUUGGCUCAAGGACGCAUUAUAAUAAUUUUAAUCAAACAGCUCUCAAUCUGUUAAAGAAGCGAGUAGCUAGGACAGCUUCUGCUAAGAACAGAGUCUCAAGGAACCCUAAAAAGAAUGCAUUAAGUAUUAAUCCAUAUCUCUCAGCUGAGGAUCGAGGACCUUUAUUUAUGAGUGAAAUACUACCAGAGACAUCAAUCAUGAAUACAACCCAGACAAGCCUUAAGAGAUCAAAUAAUAAGAAAAAGAAGAACAUUAACGACAAGAACAUCAUUGUUCUUGAAGGAAUGAAGGAUACUAUCCAGAAGUUCAAACAAGGCAACCAAAACAGCAAGAAACGAGAUAAUUUGCCAAAGUUCUUAGGGCCAGAAAUUUAUGGGCUCAAUCUCACAACAGUGAGCGAUCCUAAGAACCAGACCUUCUAUACUAACUCUACUGCUGAGCAGAGUAGAAUUAGGCCAAUCUCAGCUAAAGCAGCAAACAUGAAAAUCGGAAAUCUAAAAGAGUUUACAAUGAAAAUCAGGAGAGCACAUGCUAGAAGUAUUGAAAAAUCUUAA